UUACUAAACAUACAGUUUAUUCAAUUGCUGGAGUUUAUUUAACUAUUUUAAAUUUGCCACGUCAUCUAAGAUAUAAAAAAGAAAACACAAUUUUUGUUAGUCUUAUUCCUAGACCAAAAGAACCACCAACAGAAAAAAUUAAUUUAUAUUUAGAUCCAUUAGUUGAUGAGCUUAAACAAUUAUGGGCCACUGAAAAAUGGAAGUAUUCUGUAUCUAGUAAGCAUAAACAGUUGUUUAAUCAAUAUG